AUGACGCUCAGGGUGGCACUCCUUCACAUCGGCUGCCUGCUGGCUGCUCUCGUCAGGUUCAACAGCUGCGCGGACCCGAGCGGACCUCCACAGAAACUUGGCAACAUAGACUUUCUGGGUCAGAGUUAUGACAUUCUGUACGGCAAUCCUCACGGGGAUCUCAGCGACCCAGGAUUCAAGGUUCGACCCGUGAUCAACCUAUCCUACGACAGUAACACUUGGACGGCUGACGGCAAAAGGUUACUGCCAGACUACGUGGAGUCUCUGCAAUAUGACUCCUGUAGUUUUGCGGUGCAGUCGACUGAAAUCACAGGGAUGGAAAGCUACCUGCAAAGUUUGUCCGUGGACGUCAAGUUGGAGGGAUUGCCAAUCUCUGGGAUUGCCAUGUUCAGUGGUAGCUUCGACUAUAAGAAUCUUAACAACAAGACCUUGAAAGACCACAGAAUCUUCAUAGAGUCUGUGGCCAAGCAGCUGCAGUUUGAAGCAGCUGUGCAGACAGGAGCGAGACUACAUUCUGGCUUCGUCGAUGAAGUCACACGCUUACCAUUGGACUACGACGAGGACGACUACCUGAGAUUCAUCUCCUUCUACGGCACGCACUACAGCAGCAAGGUCCGAAUGGGUGCAAAGGCCGUUAUCCGGAGCGAGUUCGACGAGGUGAAGAUGUCUGAAAUGCACGAAAAGGGCUGGGAUUUGAAUCUGGCUGCAGCAGGGUCCUUCGGGGGAAGCAGGACGAGUUGUGGGAUUAUUGGGAUUCACGUCAAUGAGACACUGACUAAAGAGUACGAAAGCAGGCGCAAAUCGUUCAAGAGGAUGCACCUCGGUUGCGAGGCCACUGCCGAUGGCCAAUUGAUUACGUCGCCCUAUCCCAUUGAGUAUACACUGCGCCCUCUGACAGAACUGCUGGAUAGCAGAUAUAUUCAGGACAUGAAGGAAAUCGACUUGAAGGCGAUACGGAUCAACUUGGAGCAGGCUGUCAAAAAGUAUACAGGUGAUGGUAGCAUGCUUCCAACACCUGACCGGACCCUCACUCAGAUGAAGUCAUCAGAAUCUACCGUGAAAGGUUUACAGACGAUCUCUUGCCCCCCAGAGCAUUCCUUAUUAUCCUGCAGCAUGAGGUACAACGCGUCGGAAGCGCAAUCCUACAGAUUUGCCCACCCCAGUGAGCGGCAAAAAGACACCUGCGUAUGCUUUUCUAAGUUGGCAGCUCAGUGCAUACCCUGGUGCACCAAAUCCACCAUCGAGCUCGAGGUUACACUCUCGAGUCGUAUCAAAGCGAGAUCACAAGACGAUCGGGUCAAAACGACUGCAAUUUGUCCCUUGGGGUCUAGGGUAAUCGGCUGUCAUAUCAACUCAAGCCGCUUGUACGAAAACCGGAAUGAGUAUUACACAGGCUACUACCCAAAAGACGAUCAAUCCGGGUGUGUUUGCUCGUACUACUACGAUGCGGAGACGUCCUGUGUGGCCUCUUGCUCACGCCAGGUGCGAGCGGACCGCCACGAAAUCAGGAAGAAUUAUGGGGUUGGCUUCAUCACCGUGACGUGCUCAGAGUCCAACUUUGUCAUGGGCUGCGGCGUGAAUCCUGCUGAUGGCAACAAUGCCUGGUAUCGCACGGCCUGGGUCGACUCGAUCAACUCUUGCAAGUGCUACGACGAAAAGGGCGCCACUUGCUACGCUAUCUGCGGACAGUUCAAUUCUUCGACCGAACGGAGUUGGCUGCGAGGGAGAUGGGUUCAGGAACAGAUUGAGAGAGACGGUUGGACGUCCCGCUCCUCCAAGGCGUCAGUCACGACUGACCUUGUGGUAAGACCGAUCAGAGGCUUCCAGAACGUGUCUUGCAGAGCAGGCAUGUCCUUGAUGUCGUGUGGAAUGGGAAAUAUGGAUGGUGUCGACAGCACGUCUCACUUCAACACCAAUUUCGAAAAAUUCAGGCAUGCUUACCCUGUGAAUAGCACAACCUGCCAAUGUUACGACUACUUUGGGGCCAUGUGUUUCGCCUGGUGCUCGAACGCAGUGCAAGGCUUCGAGACUGUGAAGGUCACGAUCGGUUCCACGAACGUGACCUCGGCCACGUGUCCUUAUGGCAAGAAGGUCAUCGGCUGCCACGUCAUCCCGUUCCAAAGAGUCCCCUAUCACAAGCUCCUAUCCUUCUACCCCAACGAAAACGGGACUUCCUGCUUGUGCCACGCGUCUGAUCUGUCCACUUGCGUGGCGUCCUGCGCGUCCAACGUCGGCAGCUAUGAGGUCAUUGAAAAGCCCUUCAAUAUCAUCAAGAAACUUUUCUAUAAAAUUUUGGGCAUCGAUCACGAGAUCAAGGCAAGGUGCAGCUCUCCGGAGAAAUACGUCUUGGGCUGCGGUACUGAGAUGCUGGGUUUGUUAGAUGAUGAUCUGACAGGGUCCUAUUUGACUGUACAUGUCACACCCUCUACCUCUUGUACCUGCUUCGACCGCGACGCCGCCAAAUGCUACGCGAUAUGCGGGACAUUUGGACAGCAAGAGGGGUAUCAAGACACCUUUGGAAGGCAGUACGAGGACCUCGACGACUGGAGUUUCUACCAGGAGACAGUGAAACUGACGUCGCAUUCACAGGUCAAGCAACGGAAUCGGGUCCAACGAAUCCUGGGAGGGACGCCAGCGGUGGAGAAAGAGUUUCCCUCCGUCGUCUCUGUCCAGCUGCUCGAGAACGGACAGUAUGAACACAUCUGCGGCGCCACCAUCAUCCACGAUUCCUGGGUCCUCACGGCGGCGCACUGCUUGUACGACCAGAAGAAGCAGACACUACGUGUCGUGGCCGGGGAUCUGAGUCACGACGCAGAGCGCGAACAGGUGCACCGUGUCACCAAUUUCUUCUGGCAUGAGCAGUACGACAAGGAAACCUUCAAGAACGACAUUGCCCUGCUCGAAGUUGACAAGGCGUUCGACUUCAGCGACGCCCGCGUUGCCAUGGCCAAACUGCCUACGAAAAGCAAGAAAUUCACUGGCUCGUGCACUGUCGCAGGUUGGGGCGAUACGUCGUACAAAGGGACACCUUCCCCGGACCUUCUCAAAGUGGAAAUUCCCUUGGUUUCCGAUCUGAGAUGCGCUCAGGCUCACAAAUACUUUGACGCGACGUCCAUGAUGUGCGCAGGAGAGGAUGGUAAGGACGCGUGCCAGGAUGACUCGGGUGGGCCACUUUACUGUGAUGGCUUCCUUGCCGGUGUGGUGUCCUUUGGAGUGGAAUGCGGUAAUCCAGACUUUCCUGGCGUCUACACUAAAGUCUCGCACUUCGUAGACUGGAUUAACAAUAAAAUUAGAUUGAAGUCACAACAGAACACAUCACCUUGA